AAAAAAAAAGUGUUAAAUAUAUGAAUGCACCAACUUCAUUCAAAAUAUUCUCACUCACACACAAGGACGUUAAUGUUACGGAGAGAUAAGGUCAUAAUGGUCAUUUGCGUUUAUACUCAAGUUCAGGUACAGGUGGCUCUUUUCUUCGGUGAAGAAACCAUUUGAGCAUUUACCGCCACUUCUCAAAUAGAAAGAAAAAAAAAAAAAAAAAGAAAGAAGAAAACGAAAAAGAAAAAGAAAAAUUGCCAAAUUCUCUCUCUCAGCUUUCUACUCAAGCAAAGCGCUUUCUCACAUUCGUACUCAAUUGGAAAAGAAGGAGAAAAUUAAAGGAAAGGGAAUUGGGUGAUUUGGGAAGCAAACCAAUAUUCAGUUGCAGCUUCCAGGAUUCAUUUCUUUUUUUUUUUCUCUCUCUCUCUCUUCCACACGAGAAUGCUCAUUUAUAUUACCCUUUCUCUAGAUGAUGAUUAAAGGAACAUGAUAUUGCUUCUUGAAUAGGGCUGGAGCUGGAGUGGGUGCUCAUUUUGUAAUGGUGUGAUUGGUCAGGGGUCUAGGAGCAAUUUCUUGGUCCCCAUUUCCAACGUAUGAGUCCAAAUUGUGUAUCUGUUAUGUAGGCGAAGGAGACCAGACCAUGAGUUUGAGACUCCAUUGCCCUUUUCUUGGGGUUCCACUUCAUGGGUCUUCUUCACAUGGUAGAACAGCGGGAAGUUUUGUUUACUUGGAUGGAGGGCAGUUGGGAAAAAGGCGAUAUCGUUGGUGUGUAUGUGCAGAACAGAAUAAUUGGAUAACUCAAGUGAUUAGGUUUUCACAUUUUUGUGGACAAAAUGUGGAGUUGUUAAAGAGCACUCUAGGCUCUAGAUAUAAAAUCAAGGUAAAAUGUGUUGAAGAGCUUCUUACUCGAAGCCAGGCUUUGGUGAGCUCUUUGUCCCCUCUCUGGAAUGAGGGAUUACUUUUUGUUAGAUGUUCUGUUUUUGUAGCUGUGAUCUCUGGGGUGUGCUUGUUAGUAUGGUAUGGGUAGUCAAUAGCCAAAGGGUUUAUUGAAGCUAAACUUUUACCAUCUGUUUGUUCAUCAGUCAGUGAAUAUGUACAACGCAAACUUGAUUUUUGGUAAGGUACGAAGUAUUUCACCUUUAAGCAUUACAUUAUAGUCAUGCUCUGUAGGGCCUCAUAUGAGGAAUUCUCUUGCGGGGAGGUGCCCACAAUGAAAAUUCGACUCCGUCCUUUUGCUAGUUUGAGGAGGGGAAAGAUUGUGGUUGAUGUAGUUUUGUCUCAUCCAAGUAUAUUGGUUGUGCAGAAGAAAGAUUUUAGUUGGCUAGGGUUACCUUCAACGGGAGAUGGCUCAAACAGACAUUUGUCAACUGAAGAAGGAAUUGAUUACCCUACAAAAACCAGGAGGAUUGUUAGAGAGGAAGCAUCUUCUCGCUGGGAAAGAGAAAGGGAUGAAACAGCCAUGAAAGCUGCAGAAAGGGGUUAUAUUGUCACUGAUAAGGAAUCUAGUCAAUAUGGAGGUGAUGUUAUGAAGGAAAGUGGCAGUCAAUCAAUAGCAUUUACAAGUUUAGAGUCUUUUUUAUGCAUGGAUGAGAGGAUGCACUUGAGAGGUCAUCAUUGCCUGGACACAGGUGUCGAUUAUGACAUGAAGCAUGCAGAUUUAGAGAAAUCAUUUGGUGUAAAAGUUCCAGGUUCUGGGGUUAAAUUCUGGUCCAAAGUAAUACAGGGCCUUAAAAGGCACAAAUUCAAUAAGAAAGCUAAUGGAAGUGAUCUCUCAGCAUCUACCAUUACUGCCAAAAGAAGAAUUCUUGGGCAUAGUGCAAUAGCGGCUGCUGCAUAUUUUCAGGGACUAUUGCAUGGAAAGUCUAGUGAGUCUUCAGAGUCAUCUGGAGGUUAUGAUGUUACAAAUCUUGACACUUUCUCAGUGAAAAAUGAGAUUGAUGCUAAUGCUGGCACUCCUAUCACAAGUGUUGCAGGAUCUAAUGCUGAUUGUUAUAUGAAAAGUGAGAAUGUAGGAGGUGAUGUAGUCAAUGGGAGUACCAAUGAUGAGAAAUUUGAGAACCAAGAGAAUCUUUCAACCUCCAUACAGCUUGACACUCAGCUGGAAGCAAACCGUCCAACUUUUAUCUGGCCCCAAUCCUUGAAAUCAAGUUUUCCCACUUUUUCUAGAAAUCUGAAGGAGUUGUUAUCUUGCUUAUUCUCUGGUCCCAUUCAAAAGCUGACAUCAGAUAUGGGUCCUAGAGUUGAACUUAUUGUUGCAGAACUAGUUGAUGGGGUAGAUACAGUGCACGAUGCAGGCAUCGAGAAAAUGCUUCCAGUUACGUUGGAUUCUGUCUAUUUCAAAGGUGGAACUCUAAUGCUACUUGCGUAUGGUGACAUGGAACCAAGGGAAAUGGAGAAUGUCAGCGGACAUGUGAAGUUUCAAAAUCACUAUGGUCAAGUUCAUGUACAAUUGAGUGGGAACUGUAUGAUGUGGAGAUCAGAUUUGAUGUGUGAAGAUGGUGGUUGGUUGUCUGCAGAUGUUUUUGUUGACAUUGUUGAAGAGAAAUGGCAUGCCAACUUGAAAAUUGCGAACUUAUUUGCUCCGCUUUUUGAGAGAAUAUUAGAAAUUCCAAUUGAGUGGUCCAAAGGAAGAGCCACAGGCAAGGUUCACAUUUGCAAGACUACAGGAGAAACAUUUACAAAUCUUCAUGGACAGCUUGACGUAACAGGCUUAGCUUUUCAAAUACUUGAUGCUCCAUCUUGGUUUUAUGUACGUUCUACUUUCAUUUUGUUUGAUGGUUGAGGAAAUAGUUGAGAUGCCUUUAAUAGAUACCAAAUCUAAUUAGUGAAUUUAAGUAUUUCUUGGGUGGCUUCAUUUUCAUUUUUUCAUAAUUUUAGGCUAUAUUAACAUUUUUUUAGUUUAAUUAAUUAGAAAAUUGUUACAACAUGUAUAUAACUGUCAAUUAGUUAUCAAUUAGAUUAAUUGUAGAGAUCCUAAUUGACAUAG